CAUUUGGCAUUUUCGUUGUUUUCUUAUGUGUCCUUCAGAAUGACAUUAUCCAUGCAUAUGCCUGAUCUAGGUCUUCACUGGCAAAAUGGACAAUGUAUUCCAAGAGUCAAGUCUCACAGACAAUUUUGUCUUACUUUUCUGUGAAUAUUUUGCCAGAUGAAGUCUGCUCUCCAUCUUGAAGCUUCACCAAAGUAUGGAAAACCUGUUGCCUUCUGUUUUCCUUGGGAUUCCCUAAUGCAUCCGUUCCCAGGCUGAAAGCACAGUGGUGUCGACUACGCGAGUAUUAAGAACUGAGAGAGCCUCCGGGCUCACGUAGCCUGGGCUAAAGGCUUAUCAGAGGCUAAGCCAGAGGGGGGGAAAACAGUAAAGCUAGUCUCAGUCGACCAGAGGUACGGGCACAAGGCCAUCUGUCCAUUCUCUGAAUACAUCUGACAACAAAGGAGGGCAACUCCGCACUCAGGGAAUCAUACACACUCCGAAGCCUCAAACGUUAACUCAACCUGGAUUGACAAGGCAAGAAGAGUUGGAGAAGAAACGGUUCCCGUCUCUUUAGCAAGUUCCUCUGCUGCUGGAGUGUCAUGGAAAAAGGGACCACAUUUCAUUUAACAGCUUAUAGACAGUCUGUUUGAAGCAUCUAGACCCAAGAGAAGAAUGAAUAUGAAUGAGAAGGAGGGAGGAGUAUGUGAGGGGGGGCUAAAUGUCACCCUCACCAUCCGCCUACUAAUGCAUGGCAAGGAAGUUGGAAGUAUCAUUGGGAAGAAAGGAGAGACUGUCAAAAAAAUGAGAGAGGAACUUUCAGCCCGGAUUAAUAUAUCUGACGGUUCCAGUCCAGAGCGCAUUGUCACCAUUACCGGACACUCUGAGGUCAUCUUCAAAGCCUUCGCCAUGAUCGCAGAGAAAUUUGAGGAGGACAUCCUGGCAUCUAUGAUAAACAGCACCGUGACGAGCAGGCCUCCUGUGACCCUGCGCCUCGUCUUCCCUGCCAGUCAGUGCGGUUCACUCAUUGGCAAAGGAGGCUCGAAGAUCAAAGAGAUCAGAGAGAGCACAGGUGCCCAGGUCCAGGUGGCAGGAGACCUACUGCCCGACUCGACUGAGAGAGCCGUGACCAUCUCAGGCACACCUCACGCCAUUACACAAUGCGUGAAACACAUCUGCACCGUCAUGCUGGAGUCUCCACCUAAAGGAGCCACCAUUCCAUACCGUCCCAAACCCACGACCGGUGCCAGCCACUCAGUGUUGGCGCAACCUCAUGCUGCGUCGGCAUUUGCUAUUCCAGGACAGUUUGCCAUUCCACCCCAAGAUUUGAACAAGCUUCACCAGUUGGCUAUGCAGCAUAUCCCCCUUACCUCCCUUGGGCAGAGCAACCCCACCUUCCCUGGUCUGGAGGCCUCUAUUGCAACCAGUUCUCAAGAGCUGAGCGUACCUAAUGAUCUCAUAGGCUGCAUCAUUGGCAGACAGGGCAGUAAGAUCAAUGAGAUUCGCCAGAUGUCUGGUGCCCAGAUCAAAAUUGCCGAGGCCACAGACGGUUCGGCAAUGCGCCACGUCACCAUCACAGGCUCCCCAGCCAACAUCAGCGUGGCUCGGUACCUCAUCAGUGCGAGUUUAGAAAUGGCUAAACUGAGCAUCCAGGCUGCAUCGUCCUACUCUUCCAGCACACCUAUCGACCUCAGCCUGGGAUUCUCCCAGUCCACCCCCUCUGUCUCCACCUCCACGGCCUCUUCCAUGGCCGUCCUGCCUGCUCCCUCCUCUGCUAUUAACGUCCACUCCUCCCCGUCCAUCCCUAGCACCCACUACGCAUUUCCUGUUUCCAGCCUGCUUGGUAUGAAAACCGUCCCCCUGCUGGCAAUGCACACAGCCACCUCCGCAGGCCUCCAGGCCGGCCUCACCCCCUACACCACAAAGAUCCCCACCUCGUCCAGCAUCAAAAAAUCUGAGCGGCAGAAGUUUGCCCCGUACUGAGCGGCCGUGGUCUUUAAACAUCCGUAAUGUUGUAUUUGUUUACUAUUCAUUCAUGAAUAUUAAGUAGAUUGAACGUGUUUCGCCCCACCCCAUAUUUUUUUAUGUUUCUGUGCAAUAUUUUACAAACAAGGAAUAGUGAGAGCAUGACAAGAUUAAUCGCUUCUUAUAUUGUCUUCCAUUUUGUGUGGCGUUUCAUUCGGAAGUGUUUGAGAUAUCCAUCUCGCACCAUAUAAUUUAUCUGACACGGCACCGUUUUUUUUUCUUUUUUAGAAAAGCCAAAGCCAGCAAGAACUUGAUUUAUUGGCACUAUGCAGCUCACAGUGUUUUGUGUGUGUGUGUGUGUGUGUGUGUAUAUAUAUCUUGGAGUGAUCUUUAAUGUGCUGAUUAGAAUGGCUCUCAUCAUUGUUAUUGUAUCCAAAGUCAUUUAAAAGAAAGUGUCAUGCUCUGCCUCUCAUACUGAUGUUGUUAUUCAGACUUUGUUAACUUUAUUAGUAUAACAUUAUAUCAGAACUUUUUUUUCUGCAAAUACACUUUUUUUAAUUAAUACUGCAGAGACACAAGCCAGAUGCUAGUCAGAGGGGGUCCUUGCCCUGCAAUAAGGGGGCCUGUUAGGUCCUUAAUAAUAUGAUGAGGGACCCUCAUACUAAAAUAUAUUUAAUAGUCUAUAUUAUCAUGUAUUAAAACCCAUUUAUAAAAAAUUAUGGUUAAUUUGAAAAAGUAUAACAUUAGAUUAUAGAACAUUAGUUUUUUAAAAUUAAAUAAUUGCCUUUUAUAGUGGCCCUGUAUUAAAAGCAAAAAUUUACUGUGUAUUAGGAUCACAGUGAAUUGUUCUUUUUUUCUACCAACUAUAUUAUUACUGUUAGAUGUAUAAACCUGAAAAACUUUAUAAUUUAAAUUUAUGUGUAUGGUUAUUUUCACAAAUAUUUAUUUAGCAUUGUAAGUUAACAUUUUCAACUUAUCAGAAUGACUUCUGUAGGACACAAAUGACUGGAGUAGUGAUGUUGAAAACUGCAAAUCAUAUAAAUAAAUUGUGUUUUAAAAUGUUUUUACAUUGUAAGAAUAUUUCACAAUAUUACAGUUUAUACUGUAUUUUUGAUCAAAUAAAUGCAGCCUUUGCAAGCAUAAAAAGACUUACAAGAAAAAAAGUAUACUUUUGAUUGGUAGUGUAUGUUUUAAAUAUUUUUUAUUUUUUUCUCUCAAUUUCCGUGGACCACUAGCACUUGCUUGCAGUCUGUGGGGGUCCCAGGACACCAGCUUGAAAAUAGAGCCUACACUAUGUGUUGAUGUAAAACAAUAUCCAAUAAAAUGUUAUGAUUUUGUUCACUCAGCUAUAAGAUAACUGAUGACACUAUGAAACUGUGACACAGCAGACCCAUGCUCCUCAUGCCCAGCAGGGCUAAUUAUCAGAAGUAACUGUUUUUAACAAUAAUUUGAUCUGUUCUUCUGUAUUUGAUUGUGUGUUUUCAUCCUAGGCUGUCCUCAGUGAUAGCAAGUAUGAGGCCACUGUAGUGCAACAUUUACAGCUCUUAUCAUUAAUCUGUGAUUGGAUUACCUUAAAGCUAUAGUGGACUCUAAUGGACUCAAGAAAUCCUGGCUACAUGAUGAAAAUUGUUUUCUAACUUGAAACCAUGUAUUAAACAGAUGCGCUGUAACUGUAGUUUUUGAAAUGUGUCAACCAUUCAGUGUAAGAAAUGUAUUUGUUUUUGUUUUUAGAUUGCUUUUUUAAAAUUCUGCAUACGACAAAUCAAUGUAAUUUUGACAUUAAAUGUAGAAUUUAAAAGUGGUUCUUUAAUUAAACAACAGUUUCAUUUUAUUUCCAAAGAUGAUGUCCGGAUACUGACAUACUGGCAUUUAUGAACCUUUAAUAAAAUUAAACAUUUACUAUUUCAUUGCA